AUGGAAGAUAUAUACAAGGAAUCUGCAGCAUUUUAUGAAAAAGGUGGAACUGAGCUAACGACGCUAGCUAAAUUCAUGUUUGAGGGCAUAGAUAAGGAUGGAAAUGGCAAGCUAAGUAGAAGAGAAUUUAAGAGGUACUUGAAAAAUAACAGCUACAAAUAUAAUAAAAAAUUAUUCAAAAAAAUUGAUACAGACGGAAACAAGUCUCUAGAUUUUGAGGAAUUCAAGCUCUUCUUCUACCUCACUGCUAAAGAAGCUUUGAAGGGUUGGAUCUACAAGGAUGGCAAGUGCAAGAGGCUCAGUAAAUUUCUAGAGAAGUUGGCGCAUAUGUCGUCUAUAGGAUCAUUUGCUGUAGCUGCACACAGCUGUAGUGUUAUGUGA